GUGACGCACUGGCAAAGUCCUCACAUGCACGCUUACUUUCCCGCCUUGAAUUCGCCGGCCAGCCUGUUGGCCGACAUGCUGGCUGACGCGAUCAAUUGUCUUGGGUUCACGUGGAUCUCUCGUCUGGAUUCACCCCCUGUAGAAAGUUCGAAGGGAGUUCGGAAGUUAAAAUUUAAAAUCACUGUUGCAGAAGAUAACACGAAUGAACAAUAUUAAUGACCCAGUAUUAAUUUUACUUAUAGAUUUUAGCCCUUUGGAUAAAGAAAUGCUGUAAGAAAGAACAGAGAAAAUAUAAAUAAUUAAAAAUUAAACAGAAUACAAAUUAGCAAGGCAAUCACAAUUCAAACACUUGUCAACCCCUUCAGAACCCCUUGAAAACUUCAAGAUAAAUAAAGUUCAUGAAAUCAACGUUUAUAUUUUACUUUAAUUAUUUUAAAUAUGUCACAUUGCGCAUUGACACAAUAAAAAUAAAAUUAAAGAAAUGAAACCUAAUCGUAUAUUUGAUAUUAUUCGUUUUUGCUGACAAUAUCUUGUGUAACACAAAGAUAAUUAAUGCCUGAAGGGGUUAGACUACAUAUCGCCCACCCUGAGUCUCUUCGCUCGUCCAACUAUACUUUCCUUUGUCAAACCUUUGUAUUUGGUGCGUGCACUUUAAAAGGCCUCGAGUCCAGCGUGCACAGAGCUGGAGACCAUCGUAAUGAACUGGUUGGGCAAAAUGAUCGGUCUGCCAGAAGAAUUCCUGCAUCGUCCAGGAGGAUCGGGCGGCGGUGGCGUGAUACAAACAACCGCGUCGGAGGCGACCCUCGUUUGCUUGCUCGCAGCAAGGACCCGAGCCAUUAGAGACGUGCAACAAAACGAGCCAGAUCGUUUACCAGCCGAGAUUAAUUCGCGUCUUGUCGGAUACUGCUCCGACCAAGCUCAUUCCAGCGUGGAGAAGGCUGGGCUAAUAGGUUUGGUACGAAUGAGGUACAUCGAAUCCGACGACGACCUUAGUAUGAGAGGCGAGGGGCUACUGGAGGCUAUAGUGCAGGACAGGGCUGAUGGUCUGCUUCCUUUCUUUGUCUGCGCUACUUUGGGUACAACUGGUGCAUGUGCUUUCGACAAUCUGAAGGAGGUUGGUCAAGUGUGCAUGGAAAAUGGACUCUGGUUGCACGUGGAUGCAGCCUAUGCAGGCAGUGCAUUCGUCUGCCCCGAAUUCCGUGGGUGGCUUCAAGGAAUAGAAUAUGCCGAUUCGAUAGCAUUUAAUCCCAGCAAAUGGCUGAUGGUGCAUUUCGAUUGCACAGCGAUGUGGGUGAAAAGCAGCCAAGCUCUUCACAGAACAUUUAACGUGGACCCGCUGUAUCUGAAGCAUGAAAAUUCAGGGCUUGCUAUCGAUUAUAUGCACUGGCAAAUCCCACUGUCAAAGAGAUUCAGAGCCUUGAAACUGUGGUUCGUCAUUAGAAAUUACGGAAUCACUGGCCUUCAGAAGCAUAUUCGAGAGGGCGUCAGGUUGGCACAAAAAUUCGAGGCGCUAGUUUUGGCUGACGCACGCUUCGAGAUCCCUGCCACGAGGCACUUGGGGCUCGUCGUGUUCCGUCUUCGUGGUGAGAACACCCUGACGGAGCGUUUGCUGAAGAAAAUGAAUACAAGAGGUCGCGUCCACUGCGUACCGGCUGCCUUGCACGGAAAAUACGUGAUUAGGUUCACCGUCACUUCGACCAACACGACCAACGAGGAUAUUUUAAGAGACUGGGCCGAGAUAAGGAACACAGCGAACGAGAUCCUUGGGGACACCUCGAGUUCUCCAGUACGAGCAAGAGUUCCACUUGCAGGUAACACAGAAUCAAAAGAGAAGAACGAAAACUUUGGCUCGAGUUUGCUGCUGGCCAAUUCACCUAUGUCACCAAAAAUCGUUAAUGGCAGCUUCGCUGCCAUAUACGAUACAGCUGAUGUGUUCGAAGACUGCACGAAGGCUUUUGGUAAAUUGCGACUAGAAGCAAGAGAUAGUCCAGCUAUGCGACGUCGAAUUCGAGGAAUACUCAUGUCAGGAAAGCAGUUCUCCUUAGAUUCACGUAUGGACCUCGUACAAGGAUAUGCCUGCUGUCGCCCAGCAAUCGAAAUGACCUCUGAAUCGCCACUGAACGAGGACGAGGAUCCCUCAGGAACAGGUGAAUCAGGAUCCGACACUAAUCAAUCCAAUAAUGAUGCUUCAAGAGAGAAUUCGACAGCCCACCAGGAUUCAUCGGAUGCAACAAAGGAUAAAUUAUUGAGAAAGCAAAGCUCUAAGACUCGCUCGAAUUACGUAGUGAACGGAUCCAUCCAGAUCGGUACUCAGGAUUGCUCAAAUGAACUAACGUCGAUGAUCACGGCCGAGGCGAAUAUGCCUAGGAGCGAAACAAUAGGCGCGAUUGGUCAUCGACCUUACACAGGUGACUUAUCGACCGUGGGCGACCAACAUGAGAAGCCUGACAAGGAGAAAGAUGGAGGCGAGGAGGACACUGAUUUCUGCAGAAAGUGCGGCCACUGUAUGAAAAAAGAGUAAAGUUAAUCGGUUCAUUGGAAUCAGUUCGAUACUAACUGUACUCCCUCCCGCAUCUUCGAUGGAUUAUAUAUUGUUCAGAUUAAGCGUAGCACUUCGCAGGCCUAGCGACGCUUAACAAACUUGUUGGAAAGAAAGUAAUAAGCUGCGAUAAUAAAUCUAAAGUUACUAUC